GACGGUCCCAACUCGCCUCGGAUACCUGCCACCAGGUGUCUCCACGAGCAGUGCCCAGCAGCGAGAGGCAGGAGCAGUCGUCGGGGCGCCUUCGCACCGCCAGCAUCGCGCGCGUCUUUCCUCUUUACCGUUUCCACGUUUGUCCACCUUGUCGCGUUCCUGGACGAUUACUCGCCGUCGAGCCGCGAAAUUGCCGAGCAUGAGGUCCGCGAUUCACGCUGGGAUCCGUUCGAUCGGUCAGUGAACCAACGAUCCAAUCCGAUUCAUCGAUCUCGUCAUCAACGAAAACCGUCGGAUCGAUAGGUUACUCUCGCCAAUGGUGCAGGCAACACGUCGGCAAUCCCUCAGUCAGACCCGUGACGAUUCUAGCGACGGGGGAGGAUGCAACAACAACAACAACAGCAGGACCAGGAGCAGGACCGGGGAAUCGUAAUGGUCCCGUCGUCGUCGUCGUCCUCCUCCUCCUCCUCCUCCUCCACAUCGGCGACCACGUCCACCAGCACCGAGCUUCGAGACGUCGCCAGUGUGACAGAGGCUGGAUUACCGAAUUUCACGUUGCAGAGCGUGGCUCUUGGACUACAAGGAGCGCUUCUCGCUGCUCUCCAGAGAGUCGCUCUGCUUCCACCUGGACAUGCCGCCGCCGCGGCGCUCAAUCUCCAGGCAUUGGAGACCUACUUGACUCUUCAUCGUCUUCACGCUAGCAGCACCGCACCGGCUGUUAGUCAGUCGUCCAGUUCGGGCCUCGCCAAUCAGAGGUGUUCACCGGUCAAUACCGGUCUAGAUACGGCGCUGACUUCGACGAUACCGUCGAAGAACGAUCAGCUAGCUGCUGAGAGGCUGUUGCAAUCCCCGGACGACGAGGAAGAGGCACGGUUGGAUUUUAUCGCAGAUCCCGACGACGAUUUGGCUCUGUUGGAGGAGCAGCAAGUGUUGUUGAGAGACACUUCCGUGGCGACGUCCUCCGUUAAUCACGAGGCGCUGUUGCGACGGAUAUCGGAAGGAAAUCGCGCGAGUUCGAGUUCUACGACGACGAUACCGCAGUCGUCGUCUCUGUCGCAGAUAGCGGCCUCUUCGUUCACGUCCCCGGCCUCGUCGUCCGCCUGUUCCUCGUCCUCUUCUUCGUCGCUGUCCUCGUCUUUGUCCUCGUCGUCGCCGCUUCAAGCCACGUCCACUUCCGCCGAGUCGAGCAUACCGCGGACGUGCAGGGCGUCCAGGCCCAAGAAGCAAUUCAUCUGCAAGUUUUGCAGCCGACAGUUCACGAAAAGCUACAAUCUGCUGAUACACGAAAGAACACACACCGACGAGCGGCCGUACUCGUGCGACAUUUGUGGAAAGGCUUUCCGACGGCAGGAUCACCUGAGGGAUCAUAGGUACAUCCACAGCAAGGAAAAACCGUUCAAAUGCGCGGAAUGCGGCAAAGGAUUCUGCCAAAGCAGAACCCUCGCGGUGCACAAGAUUCUACAUAUGGAGGAAUCGCCCCAUAAGUGUCCCGUAUGCGCCAGGAGUUUCAACCAGAGGAGCAACCUGAAGACCCACCUCCUCACGCACACGGACAUCAAACCAUACCAUUGUGCAUCGUGCGGCAAGGUGUUCCGCAGGAACUGCGACCUCAGGAGGCACUCGUUGACUCACAAUUUGGGUGUAUCGACGUCACCGCCGCCGCCGGGGAUACCUGUGCCUGGCACCGGGGCCGUGGUGCUACAGGAGACGUCCUAGUGUUCCGUCUACCGAUCGCGGCAAGUCUGGCAUUGUACUAGGAAAAUUUAUUCACGUACGGACUGGAGAAAAAUUUUCAGGCUGGUCGUUCGGACGGUUCAUACGUACAGUGGAACUCUAUUUAUUGGAACGAAAUUUCUAGAACUAGUGCUCUAGGGGAACUAAAAGUUCUCCUGUCCAUUAAAUUCUUUUAGAUUCGAUUCGAACGAGUUUCGUCGCGCGAGCGUUCCGACAAAAUAUUGAAUUAUACAGAGAAAUAUACACGAGCACGUUGAUUUCUAUUAUAUAAACGAAAAAUCUGAUAAAUAGUAGGAAGGAAUGAGCAAACUCCUAUUAUGUGAACUACUUGGAUGCCGACAGGUUCAGAUAAAUGGAGUUCUACCGUGAGUUGGUACAUCGGUGAUAUUACUUUUUGAUAUAUCGAUCGUGAUCUAAAUAUGGUUCAAGAGUGGAUUGGUUAAUAUUGGGAGUUAUUCGAGACGAGAAGAUAGGUAAUGGAGACUCGUGCGAGUUAAGCGGACCUUCCGUCCUUGAUUUUUAGUGUGUUUUUAGCUGCGUAUGUAUUUCGUAGUUGUUAAUACAUAGGGUAUAAUUAUAACUGCAUAUCAGGAUGUUAUUCACGGAUUCAUGAUCGUUAGAUCUGUAAUUAUGUUACGCACGACGUAUUAUAUGUAUGUAUAGGUAGCCGGAGUAGGACAUACAAAAGGAUCGCCUCGUAUUUCUUUCACACUGUGUACCUACGUGCCCACGUUGUGUUUCGUUUGUACGUGUAAAAUAAACUUUUAUUAUAUUAUUUUUUAAA